AUGAAAUCUCUAUUCUUGACAGGAAGCCCAAGGGUUGGUAAAACAACUAUCAUCAGUAAAGUAAUAAAAUAUUUACAAACUACUUACCCAGAAACGAUUUUAUUACACGGAUUUUACACAUCAGAAGUAACAACAGGAUUAAACAAAAACAAUUCAAGAAUAGGGUUUGAUAUAAUUACAAUUGAUGGAAAAAGAGGGGUUCUUUCACGUAAAAAAGAUUAUUGGACAGGAGAACCUCCCAACGCUAUAGCACCAAAAGUUGGAGAAUAUAUUGUUGAUUUGAAAGAAUUUGAAAAAAUAGCUAUACCGGCUAUAACAAUUAAAAUAGGUGGUGAUGAUAAGGAAAGCAAAUGUAAAAAACAGGUGGUCAUAAUUGAUGAAGUUGGUAAGAUGGAAAGUUUUUCAAAUGGUUUUAACGAAAUUGUAAGAAAUUUGAUAUCGAAAGGAAAGAAAAAUGAAAAUGAUAUUUGUGUUGUAGGAACUGUUGCAUUGAAACAUGGAGGAUUGGCAGAGGAGAUUAGGAAUAAAGCUGAUGCUGGAUUAAGAAGAAAACAAAAAUCAAUUGAUGUUGAAGAGGAAAAUCUAGUGAUUUGGGAAGUUACUAAUGAAAAUAGAGAACGUAUGGUUAAUAAAGUUGUGAUUGAAUUAGAAGAGAUGUUGAAUAUUAGAAAGGAAUAA